UAUAUUUUGGCCUCUACCUACUUAAAAGUAAGGGCAGAGGUAUAAUUAUGGAGAAGGGGAUACAUUUUUCCAAAAGCAUGCGGUUCCUUUCUUUAAUUUUAAUUUUUUGACAAAAAAAAUCAAUUGGUUUCUGUUGUUCCUUAGUGAUUCUCAUUAUUUAUUUAUUUAUUUGUUUAUUUCCUUUGUAUAAAAUACCCAUUGGUGGUGUCUUGAGUUAGUAUCAACAUCUUUUCUUAUGGCAAUCGAACGGGUUCUUCACAUGAAAGGUGGUGUGGGAGAAACAAGCUAUGCAAAUAACUCCCUAUUACAGAGAAAAAUAAUAUUAGAAGUGAAACCCAUAUUAGAAGAGUAUUUGAAAUUGAUGGUCUCCAACACAACUUUAAAUGGUUGUUGUAAAGUAGCUGAUUUAGGUUGCUCUUCAGGACCAAAUACACUUAUAGCAAUUUCUAACAUUAUGGAAAUCAUUCAUAAAACUAGCUUCACCUUAAACCAUAAGCCACUUGUAUUUCAAGUUUAUCUCAAUGAUCAAUUUGAAAAUGAUUUCAAUACCAUUUUCAAGCUACUCCCUGAUUUCUAUCAAAGUAUACAACAAAAAAGAGACAAUUUUGGAGCAUGCUUCAUAAAUGCAACACCAGGAAACUUCUAUGGACGACUAUUUCCCAAUAAUUAUAUCAACGUUUUUCAUUCAUCUUAUUGUCUUCACUGGCUAUCACAGGCACCUAAAGAUAUGACCAAGAAUGAGGAACCACUUAACAAGGGAAAUAUUUACAUAUCAAGCACAAGUCCUCCAUCAGUUUAUGAAGCAUAUUUUAAGCAAUUUGAAAGAGAUUUCAAAUAUUUUCUAAAGUCACGUUUCGAGGAAUUAGCAUUGAACGGUAUGAUGGUACUAACAUUCAUCGGUAGAGAUAAAACUAACCAAAUUACUUCUAUGCCUCAAGGGUUACUUGGCAUGGUACUCAAUGAGAUGGUCCAAGAGGGUUUAGUGGAAGAGGAAAAAUUGGAUUUGUUUGAUUUUCCUACAUACCACCCUAGUUUAGAGGAAGUAAGACAAAUUAUUGAGGCAGAAGGAUCUUUUACCCUUCAAACAACAAAGACUUUCAAAAUGGGUUGGGAUGCAAACCUUCAAAAAGAUAUGGUUGACUAUGUUGUUGAUAGCAAAAUGAGAGGGGAGUUCAUAGCCAAGUACCAUAGAGCUGUUUUUGAACCCCUUUUAAUUAUUGCAUUUGGUGAAAGUAUAAUGGAUGAAUUGUUCUCAAGGUUUGCAAAGUUGAUUGGACAACACAUUGAGUUAGAGACAUUAGCGUUUACUAAUAUUGUUUUGUUCAUGACAAAGGAUCAUUGAAGAUGGUAAGAUGAAGGUUGUAAUUUUGCUGGUGUAAACCACUAUUUUAAUUCCAAAUUAUAAGAUUUUGUUUCUUUGACUUA